AUGCCACCAAAACAAUACACCCUCCACCCCGCGCACCCCUCCCACUCCCCCACCCUAGCAGAAACCAUGAUCCUCUCUCGCCUCACAGACCCACACUGGGCCUUCCUCUUCACGCCCUCCACCACUCCAUCAACCAUCAUCUCCUCGACUAUGUCCCGUCUCCCUCAUACGCUGACUACAGCGCGGGAUGUCCGGAGACAUGAAGUCGUCACUACCAGUGGCAUAGCAUCUACCCCUAGACCCGGGACCGAGGACGCGGAGCACACUACUCUGGAAGAUAAAGAGCGAGUAAUCGGCUACGCGCGAUGGACUCUCCCUCCAUCUCUCUCCAACCGAGACGACGUAUGGCCGUCCGCACAAGUACCCGAGCCAUCUGCCCAGGAGAAAGAACAAUUCAAAAAGAGGUAUGAUCUCGGAAGCGACGAGAAGGGCAGAGUCAAGGGAAUGAAAAGCGACGGGUUGUUAGAAUAUCGAGGGACUCCGUUAGAGGAGGUUGAGGAGAGGGUGUUGAGGGAUGUGGUGGGGGGUGGGGAGGAAGUUUUGACUUUGGAAUACCUCACCACCCACCCCGAUUACUGGAGACAAGGGGUGGGAAGUAUGCUUGUGCAGAGUGGACUACGGGUGGCGGAUCAGUACGGCAUCAAGACGUAUGUGAUGUCUGAACCGGCGGGGUUGAAGGUGUAUUUAAAUCAUGGGUUCAGGGUUGUGGAUGAGAUUACGGUGGAGUAUGCGCAGUUUGGAGGGACUGAGCCGACGACGCAUUAUUUUUUGGUGAGGGAGGCGGUAGUGGUUGUGAAUUGA